UCGACUAACCGGUGUUCUUCACAUGAUAUCCAGAUUUCGACUUCUCAUUCGCGCAACCAAGCAUCAUCAAGGUCCGGACUCCCUACCAUGACGUAUCUAACUGGAAAAAGAUCCUCAGACACUCCUUCAAUCAACUGAUCAAUUGGGAAAGUUGGGUGCCGAUCCGGACACCGUGAGCCCUCGCACAAUUUACUUGGUCCCAGAACCCCCCGAAAUCAGAAGCAGGAAAAGGGGGUUUUCUCUCUGGACUGUGGACCAAUGUUGUCUUCUGCAACCCCCCCCUCCCCUCCUGGGUACGAGGAGUUGACGACUCGCGACCAUAGAGUACAACGUUAAUCCACAUUGGGCAAUAUGAAUCUCAAGGGAUUUCAUUCAACUGUUGUAGCUUCGGUUCCAAGGGGCCGGGGGGCGUUGGUCGAUCUCCAACUGCCGGUGGAGGCUCACUAGAUGAAAUCGAUCAUGUUUUGGUAGGCAGAAGAAUCUUCAAAAUGUUCGCGACCAAACGCGACCAAACGCCUUUAAGCUCAUGUCCUCCUUUCCCAAAGAAUCGUGACUGCUAGCCAGCCAGCCGUGCACUUUGUCAAGAUAACGCCAAAUCACUUUACCACAUACUUGUUUUCUACGCCUCGUCAUCGUCUCUUUGUUUACCACCCGUUGAGUAUCUGUUGGCGUCCGGGCGAUCCCGGCAUCCGCAAAGAUGGUUCCCGAAGCUCUCAAGGCGGCGGUGAUUGAGAUGUGGGUUGAGUAUGCCAUAGGAAUUCUGGUUCUGUUUCUUCGCAUCUUCACGAGAUAUUCUCGAGUUGUCGGCUUGAAAUGGCAAGGCGACGAUUACUUGGCAAUUGCGGCAGUCAUCUUGUUCACAUUCGAGGUGAUGAUGUGCCAAAUCAUCGUUGAGAAAGGAAGCAUCACAGGAAUGACGGACGAAGUUGCUCUGACGCUGACGCCGGAGGAAUACAAGAGUCACGAGGUGGGAGCAAAGUGGCUGUUUGCCGCGUGGUACAUCUACGUCAGCAUGAUUUGGAGUCUAAAGGGCAUCAUGCUCUUCUUCUUCGCGAGAGUCACCAAAACUCUCCCCGAGGAGCGUCUUGUCAAAGUGGUGUCCGUCGUAACAGUGGCUGGUUAUCUGGCAACCCUCGGCGUCGUCACUGGCCAUUGCCGCCCAAUGCACAAGCUGUGGCAGGUGUACCCAUACCCGGGAGACGACUGCUCGCAAAACACUUCAAAGUACUAUGCUUUGGUCUCGACGAAUGUUGCGACCGACAUCAUGAUCAUGUACAUUCCCAUCCCGUUGUUGUGGAGGCUCCAAACCACGCUGAAGAAGAAACUGGCAUUCGGCCUCAUGUUCUGCGCUGGCUUCUUCAUCAUCAUCUGCACCCUGCUUCGAUGCAUCAUUUGCUUGCAAACCCCCGAGCGACUCGACUUGGGGCUCAACUGGUCUAUCCGGGAAACGGUCGUCGCCAUCAUUUGUACGAACGCUCCGUCGAUCAAGCCGUUGUUCCCCAGUCGCAAAACGGGCUCCGCGAACACCAGCACCCCUUCCGGACUGGUAACAUUUGGCGGAAGCGGUGGCACGCAUAAGAUGUCGCGCAUCAAGGGAAGCCACCAAAAGCUGGACGACACCUCUGUCGGGAGCCAGGAGCACAUCGUCAACCCGAAGGGCACCAGGAACCAGACGACCGCGUUCGCCGACGACCACAGCUCCGACGACGGCGCGAACUACAACAGGGGGAUCCAGGUCACCAACGAAUACACGGUCGAGGUUGGUAGGCAGUAGGAGGAAGCGAGGGUAGCUGCAGGUAGGUGGUGCCUGGCGAUGAUGGCUGAAGUAGCAGAAGCCAACUCGGUCGUAACCCGCCAGCAGUACGGCACUCUUACCAUGAUAGCGAAGAAAGUCCAUGCCAUCUGCGAUGGCCGUGGUUCUGCUGGCAGCCAGCGACGGACAUUUAAUACACG